AUGGGAGACGAUGUAGUUACUGAGGCAUGUUAUAUGUUUCUUCCAAAAGAUAUUGAGUCAAAAAAAAAUCAUAUAUUCAAUAAAACUCAAGAUGAAUUGACAUCAAAGUGUCAACAAAUAUAUUCAGAUAUAGAAAUGCAUAUAACAGAUAUGCAACAUAAAUAUAAACAGGAAGAAUUUCUAAAAUAUAGUGAAUCUUAUUUUCCUUGUUUAAUGCAUGGUCGAGAGACCGAAUUGUCUCGGAAUUACCGUUAUAUGUGUUUUCGUUUACAAUCAAAUCAACUUAAAAAUGAUAUUAAUGAACUUCUCGAAACAAUACAUGAUAAUAUGGUUGCUUCUUUAUCUGUAUUUAUUGAGCAGAAUAAACUUUGGAAAGACGAGAACAAGAUACCAACCUGUAUACUCCUCUUAGGUGCUUAUUUUUUCGACCAUAUAGGGUUAUAUGCAUGCAUAGAAGCUCAACUUAAAGCCAAUAUUUAUGGACCAUUCAUAAGUCUUCAUGUAAGGCGGACACCGGAUAUGAAAGCAUGCUUCAAGCAAAUAAUUGAGACUUGUAUACAAUUUGGUCAACAAACAAACUUAAAUAUCUCUACUGAAAAAAAUCCUGAAGAAAGAGAGUUGGAUAUAUAUUGCGACUAUGAUCCAGAAUGCGUAGCUAGAUGGUAUGAGGAAGCUAUAUUUCGUGGCCUGAUUAAUCAAGAUCAGUUUAGGUUGGUUAUUUUUCUUCAGGAAGUUGAAGGUUUUGACGGGAAUUUUUUUAAUCACUUCAUUACUAUAUUAAAAAAAAUGCAUAAACGUGUUCCUUUAUUAUUAUUUAUUGGUAUAUCGACAUCUGUCGAAAUCUUUCAAGACAUCUUAGAAAAAAAAUCAUUAAAAGCAUUAAAUAUCAAAUAUUUCAAUACCAAACAUUCUAAUUACAGCCCAGAUAUUGCAAUUGAAAAGAUAUUGGUAUCAUCUAAACACCCUAAAUUACGUUUAGGACCACAUUUAUACUAUACACUUUUCGAUAUGUAUCAAAAACAUUCUUUUAAUAUCGCUUCUUUUCUAUCUGCAAUUAAAUUUGCUACGAUGUCUCAUUUUUUCUCAAAUCCAAUCAGUAUUGUAAAUCAUUGUAAUUCUGCACAUUCUGAGCUGAUUUCCCAUGAUCACUUAGAAUGUUUACGUUCUUUGCCAUCUAUCAAACGAUACAUAGAGGAUCUUCUUGAUAAAGGUGAUAUUUAUUCUGCAGAAUCUCUCCUAAAUGAUGAUUACUAUUUUCGAAAUAUUAUUAAUACAUUAAUUCAUGACAUAGAAGAACACAAUAAAAAAUUGGAUGCCUUCAUAUUCUUUUUAAACAUUAUCCAAGGAAAAUACGCUUCUUCAGUACGAAAAAAAAGCCUUUCAUGGAUUUAUGGAAAGCUUUUAGAAAAUGAUAUACAACGGAAUUUAGAUACAAUACUUAAUCCAAUAAAAAUAAUGAAUUCUAUAAGUAUUUUGCAGUUUAUUCAAGAAGCGUUGGCCUUAAAAGAUAUUCAUGAUCAAUUUCCAGAUCUUGAAGAUUUUUACAGAAGAAUAUCCGAUAUUGUAGAGUUAUCUGAAGAUAAAAAUCUAAUACAUAUUUCGAACAAUGAAACAAACUCAUGCAGUAAAACAGAAGAAAUAUCAAAUAAAGCCUACUCAGAACUCAAUGAUAAAGUUAUUGGUUCUGAAUUUUACAAUAUUAGGAAUUCAUUAUAUGAAUAUUUACAAGAAAUAUUUAGAAAAUACUUUAUAUCACCUAUGACGUAUCCUUUGCAUGAACUUUAUUAUUUCAAUUAUAGCAGAGCAUACCUUGAUGCAUUUCAUCCUCGCAUAAGAGCUGCCAUUGAUACUGCAUUAUCUCUACCAAGUCAUUAUCUUUCAUGUAAUUAUGAAGCUGGAGAUAAGGAAAAUGAAAAUAGUUUAACAAUUUCUUCUCUACCAAAAAUAUGUAUUUCUUACAGACUUUUUCUUGAAUCUGGUUUCCUUAUAAAUGUCAGUGAUUGGUUAACUGCUUUUAUCCAAUCUGCAAGUAAGGAAAAUAAUAAAGAUGAUAAACAAGAUUCAGAAGAAUAUUUGCAAGCAGAAUUUUUACAAAGUUUAGAAGAAUUAAGAUAUCUUGGAUUUAUAAAAUCUACCAAAAGAAAAACUGAUCAUGUUGCAAAAAUAUCAUGGAUGCGUUAA